ACGAGCAGCUAGCCUCCUCCAAGGUUUGCAAGUAAAUCGAUCCCCCAUAUCCCUAAAGCUCUUUAACUCGGGCAAUACAUACACAAAAUCUAGGUCGUUUCGAUCAGCCUCCCCGGGGACCAUGAAGGACAAGGAAGAAAUUCCUGCUGAAAAGGCGAACAGAGGGUCACAUAAUAAUUUUAUUGAAUCUGCCAUGAACGAUACGGGGCCAAAGCGUAAAGAGAAUGAGUCACACCGUUGUCCAGACCCAACGCUGAUGCACAACAAAGACAACAAGAAGCUACCAGACCAAGGAAGUCCUUCUGCUUCCACUACGCCGACAAAGGGCGACAAAGGCGUACAAAGGGAAUAAUAACAAAUUUAUUGAAACUAGCAAAAACAAAGCGGAGCAAAAUGAAGCAAGGAGGACUAUGUGCAACACAAGUCGGCUUCUGUGAUGUUCUAUUUAUGUCGUUGAAAGUACUAUUUUCGUUAUAUUUCAUAAUCUGCGAUGCCUGCGUGACGAAAAUCGCUUCGUCACCUAUACCAUGUAAUAAAAGGUCUUCUGCGACGAAAACAUCUUUUUUGUCAUAAAUUUUAUGAUGAUUAUUUUAUCAUUACUAAUUUUUUACGCUCAUUUUUCAUCAUAAUGAAUACCAAGAAAUGUCACAAAACUAUAUACCUGAAGAUGUUCAUUGCUAUGUGGUGGCAAGAUGGCUUUCUGCAAGACCGGGUUCGUUCAAAAAAAGACCGGGUUGUGCCCCUGGAUUAUCUCGUGUUUACUGGGUCCAAGACUACUACAAUAAAGCACCGCAUCUCCUUGGCCUCCUCCGAUUCUACGCUGUGGGAAAAAGAAGAAGAAGCACCAGCAAACCCAAGAUGUCACCUUCAGAUUUAAUGAAAAUGGAAUCGAUACCACUUUCAGCCGGUGCUAUCGAGCUUGCCGAAAUGGGCAUCUUCCUCACAGCAAACGAAACAACGGAGCUCCCAGACAUGGGCCUCGACAGGAAAUGGAUCGUCUUGGCCGAGCUCUCCAUGGCGCCGCUGUCUCUCAACGAUGCACAUGCAAGAUGGCUCGUCAACAUGGCGGCACUAGAGCUAUGCACGACUCCAGAUUUUUUUGACGAUGACACGGCCGAAGUUGAAGACUCUGCUGUCUGCUCGUACCUCCUCAUCCUGUCCAUGUUGAUGCAUCGAGAGGAGGACGUGCAUGAGCUGCGAACCAAGGGUAUCCUUCAAGGAGCAGGGCUCAACAAUAACAAGACACUCGACUUCUUCACCAGCCUGCAUAGCCUGCGCAAAGGACCCUGCUAUGCCCUCGUCAUGGUAGAGAUCCAGAAUUACAGGAACAAGAGGCCGUGGAUCAAGGUGUACAAGUUUGUUUACAACAACUGGAAGUAUAUCGUCGCGGCUGGCUCCACCAUUAGUGGUAUUAUCGGUAUCAUAGUGACGCUCAUGAAGCUCAAGGCCGCCCAUUGAUAUGAGAGAGAUGCAUGCAUGUAGUAUUUCCCUGGUACUAUAUAUAUUGUUGGUGCUUUUAGUAGUUUCUCCUUUUUUCAUUGUACCUCAGAAUGUAUUUAAUAUGUGUCUAGUUGAAUAAAAAC